GCGGCAGAGUGCACGUGGUUGCAAGCCUCAUACUUGCUUUGUCCUCGACGUCCGCAGCACGAUGAACCCGACCCCUUCGGAACUCAAGAGCCUCUCGGAGGCCUGCACCAAGCUCUGGACCCUCGACGACAACCGUCUUGUGCCCAGCGACGACUAUGAGAUCAACCUCCAGCAGGGCAAGUCGCCGUACCAGCAAGGCGACAUGGCGCCCGACAACCUCUUCAAGUUUGUGGACCCCAAGGCGCUCCAGAAGAAGACGUUCAAGCUCUUUAUUGACCUCCUCGACAACUACGAGCGCGACACGGGCGUCGCCGAGACCGUGACCCGCCAAGAGCUGCGCGAGAACGAGCUCUUCAUCAACGCGAUCUGCGAGACACGCGUCAUGAAAUACGCGCUUGCGUGGCUCCAGGGCAACCGCAAGUUUAGCGGCAACAUGGACGCGUUCAAGCGCAAGCUCCACGAGAUGUGGUUCGGGCUCUACCGCCGUGAAGUCGCCAAUGACUCGUCCGGUUUUGAGCACGUCUUCAUCGGCGAGGUCAAAGACCAUCAAGUCACGGGUUUCCACAACUGGAUCCAAAUGUACCUUGAAGAGAAGGCCGGCCGCCUCGACUACCUCGGGUACAUCAAGCCCAAGCAGCGCGGUCGCUCGGUCAUGGAGCCGCACGAGUACGAGCAGCUCAUCACGCUCCAGUUCGCCUGGGAAAAGGAGGUCAAGCCUGUCUCGACGAGUUUGAUUGGCGUGAGCCCCGAGUUUGAGAUGGCGCUCUACACAAUGUGCUUCCUCAACGGCACGGAGCUCAACGAAGUCGACCUCGGCCCGUAUAAGGUCAUUGUCAAGUGCUUCUCGAUCGGUCGUGGCGAGCACGCUAAGAUUGGCUCGUCGUUCCCGGAAGCCUGCCCGUUGACGGAGGAGCAGGCCGCGUCCAAGAUCCAGGCCAUCAUCCGCGGCAAGGCGACGCGUGCCAAGGUCCCGCUGACGCCCGCGCCGCAGAACGGCACGUGGAAGCCGUCGGCCCCCUCUGGUGCGCCCGCAUGGGGUGCGCGUCCGGCCAGCAACCAAGCGUCCAACGACGUCCCGGCGGCGACUGGUGCGUGGGGUCAGCCCGCCGCGCAGGCGGCGCCGCAGCCGGCAGCCACGGGCGCGUGGGGUCAGCCUGCCGCUCGGCCCGCCGGCAACGCUUGGGGCACGCAGUCGCUCAACGACGCGCUGCCCAAGACGCAGCCGCGCCCUUAAGUCCACAGUCUUAGUUCAAAACGCACGUGUAAGAUUUUGUUUGCAUCAUCA